AUGGCCGAGUGUGCUCAGACCAGCACCCCAACGUCGCAGCCGGCCAUCUUGCCCGGCAGCCCCCGUGGCCCUCCUCCGGGACCUCUCCACGCCCGCGGCCCCCUCGCCUCCCGCCCCGGGGACCAGCGGCUGCAGCCCUGCGCCCAGUGUCACCCCGGACCCCCGCCGGCCCCGGGCCCCGACGGCGCGGCCGGUCCUGCCACCCACCGCUCACCGCAGGCGGCGCUGGGCCUGGGGCUCCGGGUCCAGGUGGCCCCCACGGUGGCUCUCUGCCUGGCGGUGGAUUUCGGGGACGGAUCGGGGGCUCAGGUGAGGGUCUGCCGCACACCCAGGGACGUGGCCGUCACCGCCUGCCACCAGUACAGCACAGGAGGCGUCUACGCAGUGCAGGCGGCUGUUCACUCCGAGUCCCCCGGAGGUGCCCUGCGGCUGGGGCCUUACUACGUGGCGCUGGGCCGGGAGGGCGCGGCCGUGACCAUGAACGCCAGCAGCGUCCACGGGGGCCAAGUGCUUGCCUUCAGCGGCUCCCCUGCGGGCCCGAGAAGCACCGUCGUCACACGCCGCCCGCCCACCGCGUCCUCCUGCACCCUGUCCUUCACCGCCCAGGCCCCCGGGGGCGGGGGGCCGGCCUGGGCCCCCGUGGCCGUCCACUACCAGAUGCAGCCCGUCGCUGUCCACACGAACGGAACCGUGUUUGCCACCGACGUCGAUGUCACUUUCGUGGCUGUCACGGAGGAGACCACGCCGCUGGAGUUCACGUGGCUCUUCGGAGACGGUGCGCCCGUGAGGACGACGCGCAGGAGCGUCAGGAGGCGGCUCCGCGUCCCCCGGGGGUACCGCGUGCUGGUGCGGGCUUCCAACGGGCUGGGCAGCGUGGCCUCGCGGCCCCACCGCGUCCGGGCACAGAGGAGAGUCGUCGCUGGCCGGCUCGUGGCGGCCUCCUGGGCCCCGGUGGGUGCCGCCGUGGCCUUCGAGUGCAGGCUCAGCUUCGGCACCGACGUGGCCUACCGGUGGGACUUCGGGGACGGCGCCGGCGGCCUGGGGAACAGCUCCGCCCGUCACGUCUACGGCAGGGAAGGAGAGGUCACCGUCCGGGUCCUGGCCUUCAACGCCGUCAGCGCCGUCUCCCUCACGAGGCGCCUGUUCGUCGUGCGCCAGCCCUGCCGGCCGCCGCCCGUACGCAGCCCAGUGCCGGCGAAGGUGCAGGUGUGGAGGUCUCAGCCUGUGACCCUGGGGGUCGCCUUUGAAGCCGCCGUGCUCUGCGACGGCGCCCAGGGCCUUUCCUACGCCUGGACCUUCACCGACUCUGCCGGCUCGCCGGUGCCCCUGCCGCCCGCCGUCCGAGCUCACGGGCAGACCAUCACCGUCCCCAGCUACACUCUGGAGCCCGGGAACUACACGGCGCUGGCCAAGGUGCAGGUGGAAGGCAGCGCCGUGCACAGUAACUACUGCGUGGAGGUGGAGGUGCGAUCCCGGGCGCCCGUCAGCGUGAUCUCCGAGGGCACACACCUGUUCGUCCCCAGGACCCCCUCGUCCACCGUCGUCCUCCGGGGAUCCCUGUCCUACGACCCCGACAGGCCUGGGGCAGCCCUCAGGUACCACUGGACAUGCUCGCCAGCCAGCACCCCCGGGCGCCCCUGCCUCGCCGGGCCCGCUGCCCACAGCCUGGACACCACGGCCCCCACCCUGUCCUUCGCGGCAGACGCUCUCAGCGGCAGCUAUGACCAGUUUCUCGUGACGCUGACGGUGUCCAGCCGCGGCCGGAACUCGUCCGAGGCCCAGGUGUUCCUGUCCACCCGCGCUGACUCGGCGCUCAGACUGGUGUCCAUCGCCUGGGCCGCCUUCCGCGGCGUCCCCGUGAACUGGAACGAGGGGCUCUCGCUGCGGGCGGCCUGUGAGGACUGCGGCGAGGCCGCCGCGCUCUCGUACUCCUGGGACCUCUUCCGGGUCAAUGCGACGGGGAGGGACGCAGAGGAAGUUCCGUUUUGCAGAACCGUGGGACUGCUGGGCUCCACGGGUCUGGGGGCCAGAUGGAGGUCAUCGGAGUCCUACCCACCGUCCCUGGGGCCAAGCAGGGCAGAGCCGCAUGUCACGCCUGCGCCAUCCUCGUGGGCGCUGUGGCCACGGACCCCGGGCCGGCUGGACAUCUCAGCCCCGGGCACAGCCUCCUCGGAGUCCACAGGCCCUGUGCCCCGUGUCCCCGCUGUGGGUGACGCUGCGGCCCCAGACGGGGGUCCCUGGGACGUGCGGACCCCAGUGAGCCCGACCCCUCCCCUGCCUGACUUCGAGGCUCAUUACGGUGACGUCCAGGAAGCAGCGCCGGCGGAAGGGAGGUGGCCGGCGGACUGGGCCCACCUCCACCUGCCAGCGCCAGGACCGACUGCCGGUGCCGAGGAGGGCCCCAGGGACGGAGACCAGCUGCUGGGCCCCUUCCUCCCCGCCCGGGCCGCCGGGCCUGCUCUCCUGGUCAACUGGCCCAAGUCCCCCGUGAGCCGGGCUGUCUUCCACAGCUACACCGUGUCUGGGACCGCGGGACAGACGGUGACAGUGAAGCCGUACUCGCUGAGCCCUGGGGCCACCUACGUCCUGCAGGCCACUGUGGCUUCGGGGCUCCGCUUCCUGGGGAAAGCCCAGCUGUACUUGACCGUCAACGGAGCCCCGCGGGGCGUGGCCUGCCAGGUGCAGCCGCCUCGCGGCCUGGAGGCCCACACCGUCUUCAGUGUCUUCUGCACCUCGGGCCGACCGGACUUCCGCUACGAGUUCCGCUACCAGGUGGGGGACGCCGCCCCGCGCACCCUGCACCGGGGGACCGACACCCAGCACUACUUCGCGCUGCCCGCGGGGGAGCCCGCGGACGGGCACCAGGUCCUGGUGUCCACCGUGGUCACCGACGGCGAGGGCUCCCAGACGAAGCCAUGUGCUGCUGCAGUGACUGUGCUGCCCCGUCGCCACGGGGACGACUGCCCCGGCGAGGACGUGUACAACUCCAGCCUGAAGAGCCUGUCCGCCCUCCGGCUGAUGGGGAGUUCCGCAGAAAUCCGGAACUAUGUCUCCGUGACCGCCAGUGACCUGAGUCGCUGGGCGAGGGACGGGAGUCCCUCCUGCGGCCUGUGGCCGCGCAUCCAGGACGCGCUCGUUUCUGCAGCGUGCACCUCCGCUCCCCGAGACCAGGAGGACGCGGCCGACUGGGUCCUCGUGCUGCGGGACCUCCUCCGCUUCCCCAACAAGCUGAGCGCCGCCAGCGCCGACCUCAUCCUCGGACACGCCCGCUCGCUGCUGGCUCCUGGGCGGCCCCCCGCCAGCCUCCUGGCGGACGCGGGGCGGGUGCGGGAGCUCGUCCUGCUGGUGGCGGGGGUCCUGGGGGGCCCUGACCACAGUCCCCCAUGGGACGCAGCCCGUCUGCUCGAGGACGGAGUUCAGGUCAUCUCGGACGCCCUGCUGGGCUGCCUGUCGGCGGGCUGCGAGCACCAGCUCCACGUCAGCGCCGGGUGGACGGAGUUCCGCUCGCAGCUCCACCGCCGCGCCGGGAGCGCCACGCUGGGCCUGGGCCCGGUGCUGGUGCGGGUGCGGCUGCCCGCGGACCUCACCGCGCAGGAGACGCAGAGCCCCUGCUACGUCAGCCAGCUCUCGCUCUUCCGGGGCAGCCCCGCCCCGUGGGGGCCCGCGCCUGGCCAGGUGGGCACGGUGCUCGCCCUGGCCCUGCACCGCUGCUCCGGCAGGAGGCCGCUCCGCACCCAGCGGCUGAGGAUGCCCGUGACCGUGGAGUUUGGGGAGGAAGACCGCCCGGGCGACGGCGGGAACGAGACAGCGCUCGUGCUGCGUCGGGACCGAGUGCACGUCCACCGCCUGGCGGGGCUCUCCCCGGCCCCCCCGGAGGCCCUGCAGGUCCGGGUCACGUUCUCGCGGCCGGCCGCCAGGGCCUUCCCGGUCCUGCUGCUGCUGAGGUUCUCGGAGAAGCCGACGCCGUCCCGGUUCCUGGUGAAGCAGACGCACUCCUGGGAGGGGCUCACGGCGCACCUGUCCGUGCCGGCCCCGUCGCUGCGAGGCCCCGCCCAGGCGUACCUGUCCUUGCUGGACGCGGACUACGACAGGGACCCUCCGGACAGGCACCUGGCCGAGGCCGUGGGCUACACCCUGCGGGUCCAGGGCGUCCGCUGCCUGCUCUGGGACGCGAGGCGGUGGGCACCCGCGGGUCUCCCCCCGCAGCCGGGCGCUUCUCCGGGGAAAGUGAGCUGCAGCUACGACCGCCCCGGUGCCGCCUUCUCCGUCGCAAGGAGGGACCUGAACGCCACCUUGGAGACGGGCGACGUCUCCGAGCUGCGAGGGCGCCCGGCAAACCCGCUCCCCGGCGCCAUGGUGGCGGUCUGUGCGCUUCUGUACAUCCUCCUGGCCGUGAGGGGCCGGCGCGUGGACCGCCGGGAGAGGAGGCAGACCGGCCGCGUGUUCCUGCAGGAGCGCGUGCCGCCCGGGCACCAGCUGUACGCGGUGGUCGUGGACACCGGCUUCCGGUCUCCAGCCUGCUUCACCGCGAAGGUUUACGUUGUCUUGUGUGGUGACAACGGACUCUCGGAGCCCAGAGAACUCUGCUGCCCGGGGAAGCCCCUGUUCGAACGGAAUUCCAGGCACACCUUCGUCCUCAGCACCCCGGCCCCGCUGGGCCCGCUCCGGAAGGUCCGCCUGUGGCACGACAGCCGCGGGGCCUCUCCUGCCUGGUACGUCAGCCACGUGAUGGUGCAGGAGCUGCACGCCGGACGGGGGUUCGGACGCGGCUGGUUCUUCCCCGCCGAGUGCUGGCUGGCCGCCGGCCGGCAGGACGGCCGCGUGGAGCGGGAGCUGGCCUGCCUGCGCGGGGGCCUCGGCUUCUGGAAGCUCCUGUACUCCAGGUCCACGGAGCUCCUGGAGGACUUCCAUGUGUGGGCCUCCGUGCACAGCCGGCCGGCCGGCAGGGGCCUCCCGCACACGCCGCGCCUCGGCGUGGCCUUUGCCCUGCUGUGCGCCCACGCCUGCCUCGCGGCCCUGGUCACUGCCGCGGGACACGAGCAGCUCCUGCCCGGGGCCGGCCCCGCCGGCGUGCCCCUGGGGCUCUUCCGGACCAGCUUCCUGUGCACCCUCCUGGCGACCCCGGGGGCUCAGCUCCUGUCCCUGCUCUUCCGGCUCAGCCAGGAAGCCCGCGGGCCCCGCCGAGCGCAGCCACCCCCGCCCCUGAGAGCAGCGCCUGCCGAGGCACCUCCAGGCCCCGGUCCCCAACGAAGGACACCGCAGGCCCGGACGCCACCCAAGCAAAACGCAACAGCCACUGUUUCCAGGGCUGUCCAGGCCCCGAGCGCAGCCAGCGGUGACGGGGCGGGCCCCCCGCCCCCCGACCUGGAGGCCUGCAGGGCUGACCUUGGCCAGCGGGCUCCGAGGGAGAGGAGUGGCCACUGCAUCCUCGGUUCACAAGCCCCCGGCCAUGCGUCUGAGGGACUCGCCGCAUCCCGGCGGCCCCGGGGGCCACCGCCGUGGCUGGGCUGGGCAGCGUGGGCCGUCUGCGGGAUGGUCGCCAUGGCCUGUGGCUCGGGAACAGGACUCCUAGGCUACAGGUUCAGCCCCGCGCGGUGUGAGCAGUGGCUGGGCCUGCUGGCCGUCUCUGUGACCUGCUGCGUCUUCGUCACCCAGCCCCUUAUGAUCGGCCUCGCGGCUCUGUGCUUCGCCUGGAAACGGAGAAACGACGAGAGCUUCUUCACCGAGUCUUUACGAGAAGCCACCGAGGGCCUGGACGCCGACCUGGAGGGGCUCUUUCGCGGCCACGCGCCCAGCAGCUGCGACCCCCGCGGAGCUGACACGGUGGAGAGCGCCUUGGCCGCGCGCCAGCGAGCUCGCCGCCUGCGCUGGGCGCGUCCCCCGUCCACAGCCCGGCUCAGGGCCGCCCGGGAAAGGAUGAGGCGGCAGACCCGCGCCCGGGAGGUGCUGAGAGACGCCGGCCUGGCCGCCCUCACGCUGGUGCUGCACCUGUGCGUGACCCACGGGGCGGCCCCCUGGGGCGAGCACGCUCUGCACCGCGCCAUCCGGGACGCCUUCGCCAGCACCCGGAGCGCCGUGGGCGGCCUGAGCGGCGUGGACGCCUGGUGGGCCUGGAGCCUGAGCACGCUGCUGGACGGCCUGUACCCGGCCAGCGGGCCGGCCGCCGCCGCCGGCCCACCAGGUGCACAGCCCGGCGCGCUCGGAGGGAACUGCUACCUGCUGGCCAUGCCCGUCCUCCGGCGGCUCAGAGCCCCCCCUGGGAGCCCAUGCGAGCUUCCCGGGCCGCUCUCGGCGCCCACCGAAGACCCACUGCCUGCGCAUCGCCCUGAAACCCCCUCCGUGAGCGACGCCGAGGCCCAGGGAGCGGCCCCGAGGGCCCCUGAGGCCUGCGGGGAGGGCUGUGAGCUCUGCCUGGGCAGGACCAGGCCAGCGGCCCUCGCAGCCCUGACCAGCCUCCGGGCCCGGCGGUGGGUGGACCGCUGCACCCGCGCCGUGUCGGUGCACUUCGCCCUCUACAGCCCCCCGACCCGCCUCCUCUCCAGCGUGUCCCUGAGCGCGGAGCUUGACCCCGCCGCCGGGAGCCUCGCCCUCUCCACCCGGGUGGAGUCCGUGUCCGUCUUCCACAGCAACCCCGCCCCGAGGUUCCGCCUCCUGCUUCCCCAGCUGGCCCUCCUGGCGCUCACCCUGGCCCACCUGUGCCUCCAGCUGCACGGCCUGGCGGAGGAGGGCGUCCGCGGCUACUGGCGGCGGCCCGGGAACUGGCUGGAGCUGCCCAUCGCCGGAGCGGGCCUCGCCUGGUUCGCAGCCCACGGCCGCCUGCUCUCCCUGACUGCAGAGGUGGCCGACCAGCUCCAGCGGGGGCUCCGGCCGGGGUCUGUGGACCUCAGUCACGUGGCUUCAUGGGCUCAGAGGGCGCGGUGGCUGCAGGGAGCCCUGUCCUUCCUCCUGGCCCUGAGGUGCCUCCGUCCGCUCGGCUGGCAGAGCGCCACGGCGUCCCGCUCGCUCUCGGGCCUCCUCCCACCAGCGCUGGCCGGGACCCUGGUGCUGGCCGCCCAUGCCCACCUGCGUGCAACUCUGCUCUUCGCCCGGGCCCCACCAUCCGGCACCUUCGCGGAGGCCUUCCAGUGGCCGCCGUUCCGUUUUCUGGGAAGCGGCCAAAAAGGCACCUUCCUGGGCCUCCCCAAGUCUGACCUGCGGGCAGCAUCUGGGUGCUGCGCGGCCCUCCUCGCAGCGGGGACGGCUCUGUGGUUUGCGCUGCUGAGAGGUUCCCUCCGGGCUUUUACCCCCAAAAGGAAAUCUUUCCGACGCCGGUCUCUCGUGACACCAGGAGACCUGACGGCCUACACCUGGGAGCAGGUGCGCUCCGCGCUGGGGCUGCGGAGGCCGGCGCUGCAGGAGGAGGCGGGGCCCGCCGAGAGUCACGCCUGCCCGCUGGACGAGUUCGCAGGUCUGCUGGACGAGCUCCUGCGGAGGGUCGAGGGCUUGUCCGACAGCCCCCAGCCGCCUCCCGAAGAAGGGCAGGACGCGCCGGCGGCCGGGGCAGAGGGCGACCCCUUGGUGGCAGCUUCUGAUGGCGGAGCACCAGGGGUGUCUCCCGUUUCUCCGAGCGGGAAGGCUGCCGAGGUCCUGCCGGGCAGCUGUCCUGGGUGCUCUCCGGCUGCCCGGGCCCUGUCAUCUGUCUCCCGAGAUCCGAUGGGCCGGACCGCCGUCACGUCCAGGGCGCAGUCUGCCCAGGAGGAGCGUUCCUGGGAGCUCAACACUUGUGCACCUGGUGCCCCGGCUGGUGUGGCUCAGUGGACUGAGCACCAGCCUGCAAACCAAAGGGUCGCCAGUUCGAUUCCCAGUCCCCCGGAGGCCGGGACCGCGCUCUGUGGUGUCCCCUUCUGCCCGUCGAGUCUCCUCCGCGAGGCGGCGCGGAAGUCUGACCCGUGCGGUGACCUGGGCCAGGACAGAGGUCCGGCCGUUCAGUGA